AUGGCCACAGAAGGUUGGAUAAGUCGAUGGAAGGAUAGGAAUAACAUUAAAUUCAAGCGAUUUCACGGAGAAAAAUCUAGUGCUGAUACAAACGGUGCUAAUGAAUGGUCUUUAGCUAAAUUACCGGAAAUUCUUAAAAAAAUUUCUCCUCAGGACAUUUAUAACGCCAAUGAAACUGGGUUAUUCUACCGAGCGACUCCGGAUGGUUCUUUGUGCUAUAAACGCGAAACACUUGAAGGAUCAAAAAAAGCUAUGGAUCGUAUAACAGUUUUAUGUUGUUGUAAUAUGGCAGGCACAUAUAAAAAAAAACUGUUGAUAAUUGGAAAAUCCGCAAAGCCAAGAUGUUUUAAAAAUAUAAAAAUAACAAACUUACCUGUUUCUUAUUUAGCGAAUAAAAAUGCAUGGAUGACAGCAGAAAUAUUUACAUCGUAUUUGAAAGACUGGGACAAAGAGCUCGGAAAACAAUCAAGGAAAAUUAUAUUAAUUGUUGAUAAUGCUGGACCACAUCCAAACUUGAUAGAUUUAAAAAAUAUCACACUUGAGUUUCUGCCUCCAAAUACUACUUCUCUCAUUCAACCACUCGAUAUGGGGAUCAUUAAGAAUUUAAAAACUCAUUACCGUGGACUAUUGGUAACAUACAUUUUAAAGGCUAUUGAAGAUAAUUUAGUAACUCCUACUACGUGUGCUAUAGAUAUCAGUUCUAAAAUAAACAUUCUACAAGCAAUACAAUUUGUCGCUGAUAGCUGGAGAAAAGUGUCGUCGGUUACGAUUCAGAAUUGUUUUGCACAUUGCGGUUUCAGACCACUGAUUGAUCUACCUAUUCCUCCUAUUGUUUCUAUUGAAAAUGACSUAGGUUGUGUUGGUACGUGUGUUGUAGUUUUAUUCCUCAACAAUCCUUGA